AUGAUAACUCCGAACAAUCGUCCUAAGUACCAGACUACUCAGUCUGAUGUCGAAGGAUAUACGCGAAUCAAGCAUAUUUAUAUUCCGAUGCGGGAUGGUAUUGAGCUAUGUGCUGAUCUUUUUCUCCCCUUUUCGGCAUCUAAUGAUGGAGGUGAUGUUCCUGUGCUUUGCAGCAUGGGCCCUUACGGCAAGGACAUACAUGCUUCCACUUUUGGACUUCCUAAGACGCCUAUCUAUGCUGAAAUGUACAAGCAUAUCAAGCCACUGGGCCCCGAUGCAUGCUUUGAGCUAUGCGAGCCAACCAUUUGGUGCAGAGAUUACGGAUAUGCCCUUCUCCGCGUUGACGCCCGUGGAAUUGGAGGUAGUCAAGGAAAGCUGGAUCCCUUUGGCCUGGAAAGGUCUGUGGAGAUUCAAACAGAUGCUGAAGGACAAGACCUAUACGACGUGGUUGAAUGGGCUGCUACACAAGACUGGUCAACGGGCAAAGUUGCAUUUUCUGGUAUCAGCUACUUUGGAAUGGUGGGGUACUGGGCCGCGAUGCAGAAACCACCUCACCUGACCUGCGUCAUGUCUUACGAGUCUGCUUGCAGCAUGUAUCAAGCAGCGAGAAGAGGAGGUAUAUACAGUAACAACUUUCAGUCCCAUUGGUACCACAACAUCGUUGUCCCCUACCAGGGCGGAAAUGCAGAUGAUUCGCUUGGAGACAAAGCGCUAGUCGCCAACCGAGUGGACUAUCCCAAGCUUUUGACGACAACCGAAUAUCCCACUGACGGCGCCUGGGCUGUCUUGGAAAAAGUCCGCAAAUUGUCGGAUAUUGAGGUCCCAAUCUAUCUCGCAGGUAACUGGACGGAUCCGGAGCUUCACUUGCCGGGAAAUAUCCGGGCCUUCAACGCUGUAUCAUCUGAGCAUAAAUGGUUAGAGAUGCACACUGGUAAUCAUCUGGGGGCUUUCUACGACCCCGAGCAUAUUAAGCUCCAGAAAAAGUUCUUGGACUAUUUCCUAUUAGGCAAGACGGAGAACGGAAUGCUCGACGUUCCCCAGAUAAGAUUACUGCAGCACCAUGGCGUGGAGACUUUUUACCGCGAAAAUGAGCUGUCUUUUCCUCCCCAUGACGCGGAAGAUGUCAGCUUCUACUUGACGCCCAACAAGGAGCUCUCGUUGAACAAGCCGGCUACCGCAAAAACCACCUUUACCUUUCAGGGACACCGAGAAAAUCUCCACUUCUCACUUGACUCUCCUUUUUCUGAAUCUUUCGAGCUUCUGGGAUCUCCAUACCUCGAGAUUGAGGUCAGUACCAAGACCCAGGAUCUUGAUCUUUUCAUCUAUCUUCGGGCUAUCGAUACCAACGGCAGUAGCAUCACGCUGCUUGGCAAUCACGGUGAACCAAUGGACAGUUUUGCAAGAGGCUACUUCCGUCUUUCACACCGUGAUGAAGCUGCAAAGAAUUUUAAAAAAGAAAAAGUGAUCAGUCAGCCUGUUGUUCCCAAGUCGGAAGUCGUUCCAGGACAGCUUUAUACCGUGCUUGUUCCUUUGUAUCCGGCAGCCUACCUAUUUGACAAAGGCCAGGCUUUCACGCUGGAGAUAGGCUCGGUGAACACUGCAACCACCAUCCCUCCUAUGCGUCAUGAGGGUGGAGACAGACUUGCUGCUAGAUUUGAGGGCCAGAACAUGAUUGUUUCCCAUGGAAGAUUAGUCUUCCCUCGGGUGAGGCGUGGAUUUAUGCCAGCAAGUGGCCUGUAA